GUUUUGUGUUACUCGGCAUUCUCAGUGUUCUGUAGACUUAUUACUUUCUUCGGUUAAAAAUCAACAUGAAAGGCUCAGUUCUCUGUCGAGGCGUUCUGAUACUGGUUUUCCUAUGGAAUGGAAUGCCUGGCUACGUUAAUAGCGCUGGCUGUGCACGAGGAGGGACGACUUUCAUUCGAACAUCGUCCGUCACAGUAGGAGCGAGUGUGUACACAGGAUCAGACGACUACUUAGCACUCGCCCAGACUGAUCACACCCAGUGUUACAGUCUUUGUUAUCGUAACGACGAUUGUAAAGCUUACUUUUUGGAUCACAUCAACCAAACUUGUAUACUAACCAAAGAAGAACACUCGGUCAUCCGACCCCAGCUAAAACGUUACCAAGCUGGCAGUUAUCAUAGGAAGAUAUGUCUAUCAGGUGUCAAAUGUAAACGUCACUGGGCAUUUGAUGUUGUUCCCGGAAUCCGAUUCGUUAAACAAGAAGACAAGGUUGUACCUGACAUUGGAUCUGAAGAUCGUUGUAUUGAAGCUUGUUCGAUUGAAAAGAGCUUCGUCUGUCGCUCAGCCAUCUACGAACUUGCUACAAGAAACUGCGUCCUCAGUAUGCACGAUCGACGAUCUGCACCAGAAGCUUUUAAGAUGUCAUUUAAAGAUGUGGAUUAUCUUGAAAACCAGUGCAUUUCAGAACCGAGUCAAUGCAUUUUUCAUGAACAAAGCAGCAGGAUUCUAGUCCACUUACACGUUUAUCUGUCUAUUUCAUCUACCACCAGGGAGCGCUGUCGAAAAGCUUGUGUUGAACACAGUGAUUUUCGUUGUAGGUCAUUUAUGUUCGACGACGCCCGUGCUUUAUGCCUUCUAACUCCUGAAGAUUCCUAUUCUUCACCAGAGAGCGUUGUGAAUAUAGAUAAACAAGGAGGAACAAGAUACGAACUGGGAUCAUGCAUUGAAGUUAAGAUGCAGUGUGAUUCGACAUCGAUGACAGCGGUUCUCCGAGUCUCCAAACCUUUUCGAGGGACGGUUUACGCCUUAGGUCAUCCCAAAGAAUGUUAUGCUGUGACGGCAGGAGAUAAAGGAGAAAUCGCCAUCACACUCCCACUCCAUGGCCGAAAAUGUGGCACUAAGAACUUGGGAAAUGGAACAUUUACCAAUGACGUAGUUGUACAACAUAAUCCGUUUGUUCUAAGAAACACUGACCGCCGAAUCGAAAUAGCUUGUGAUUAUGAUGAGGUUAGACAAAGAAUCAGAAGUGGGAAGGAAGUGGAGGAAGGAGUGUCUCAGAGUCUGCCUCAAGUCAUCACGGGUCUAGCUCCCACACCGACAGUUAAACUUCUGGUUGUCAAGAAAACAGGAGAAGGGAUUAAUGGAGUGGAGCUGGGAGACCCCUUGCUUCUGAAAGUAGCAAUGUUAGAUGAAAGUGUCUAUGGAAUAUUUGGAAGUAGCCUUGUGGCGCUGAGUGGUGAAGGGUCGGAUACAAUACUUUUGAUUGAUGACCGUGGAUGUCCAGUGGAGCCGAACGUGUUCCCUUCGUUAAUACCAACCCCAGGAUCCAAAUCUCUUCAAGCUCCGUUUCAGGCCUUCAAGUUUGCUUCAGAUAGCACAGUCAGGUUUCGGAUGACAGUAUCGUUUUGUCUGGACGUCUGUCCACCGGUUGACUGUAAUAGUAAUUAUACACAAAGCUUUCAAAGACAUCGAAGAUCAACAGCAAACACGUCCUUUCUUGAAAUACAAGCUGGUGAUUUCAUAAAUGACGUCAUUAUGGAAAGUACAUUAUUUACUGUUGAAAGCUCCAAGUCAGCGCCACCUGUAGAACCAAGAGCAGGAAAGCUUAAUGUCGAAAGUCAUCCUUUUAUUGACAGUUCUAAAAAAGGUUUGUGUCUAACGUUUCCAGUUGUCAUAAAAGUUGCUGUCAUCAUUGGAGUUAUCCAGGUGGCGCUGAUAAGCUUCUGUGCCCUGUUCCUGAUUUUUACUCGAAAGUCACGAGGAUAUUCCGGUAAGCCUCGUCAGACCACCAGCCGAACAUCAAUUAGUAGCAACGCGAAACUCUUCCCUGAUAUAUCGUAGUCAUUGAAGCAUAUUAUCACUGAUUAUGAUCGGCAUGUUUGAGCAGGACUUCAUGAAACAGGAAAGAUUAGUGGAAUGUA